CUGCUGUUUUUUUUUUGUUUGUUUGUUUUGUUUGUUUUUUCUUUCACAUCGAAUGCAUCCAAUUAACCACCGAAGGAGCGUGUCCUAUAAAAUUGUAUGAAAGCUGAUAGGAUCGAAGCCAAUAAAACAUCAAUCUUUCAUCCAUUCUGCGUCAUGACAACCAGCAUGCAAUCCCGCUGCAAUAACAGCCUCAUGCAAUCACCAGGCAAGAUUUAACCCUACACGCUGCAGGCGAGAACAGGAUUAUGGGAAGGAAUGUUUUUAUCAGGAAUGUUCGGUAAACAUUUUCCAUCCAGACGACAGCGUGGCUUUCCCGGAGCCGAAGCAAACGCCCCAGCGUGGCUCUCGUCUUCACGGGUGUCAGUCUGCGUCAGGGCUGAGGUGCAGAAUCCAGUAACCAGCUUCAGGGGCAGCUUUUGUCUUCCUGUCAUACUGUUUCUGCCAUCCGUCUCCUGCAGAGGCAGCGCCGGGUCUUUGUGCUCAGACGACACACUUUCACAGCCUGUUGCAUCACCCUGCCUCUCUGCCAGAGCUUAUAGAUGCAACAACACGAUGAUGAUGCAAGCAGACCUUCAGCAUCUCCCCCUGAGAGGGAGGGAGAGAGAGAAGAAAGAAGGAGAGAGAAAAGAGAGAAAUAGUGUGUGAAAGAAAGAACCAAUGAAAGAGAAAAUGAGAGAAAGAAAGAAAGAAAGAGAAUUAGUGUGAGAGAAUGUGGGAGAGACAGAGAGAAAGAGUGUGAGAGAGAAAGAGAGAAAGGAAGGAAGAGAAUGAGAGGGAAAGAAAGUGUGAGAGCGAGGAAGAAAAUGAGAGAGAGUGAAGGUGUGUGAGAGAAAGAGAGGGAAAAGAAACAAUGUGAGAAAGAAAGAGAAACAGAGAAAGAAAGAAAAAAAGAUUGAGGGGGAAAGAAAUAGUAAGAAAGAAAGAAAUAGUGUGAGAGCAAGUAAGAAAAUGAGAGAGUGAAAGUGUGUGUGUGAGAAAGAAAGAAUGAAAAGAAUGAGAGGAAAAGAAACAAUGUAAGAAAGAAAGACAGAAAUGUGUCUUUGAGAGAGAGAGAGAAAGGGAUAUUGUGUUCUUGUGUUAUAUUUCCACCCUCCGUUGUCUUCGUCCUUCGUCCCAGUUGUAUUGUUGAUGAGGGAAAGUUUCCUGUCUUGGUCUCCGCGUGUCCCUCGGCCUGUUUUUAGCAGCACUUUCCUCACAGCCGUCUCCUUUAUUAUUAUUUUUUUCCUUCUUUCCCUCAGCAUGAAACUGCGCAGUAGGUCAUCGUGACAUAACCGCCGCUCUGACUCACAUCCUGAGCGCUCGCCUCGUUACGUCAUAACGGCCGGAGCAGCGCUGCUUUGUUAGCGCAGGACGCCCGGGCAGCCUGAGGGAUUUGGCUGGAAGUCAGGAUCCAUGGCGCGGGCUGACGGAGGAAGUCGACCGAAAGGGAAUGCGGAUGUGGGAGCAUUGCAGUCACUUCCGAUCUCUCUGCCAGAGCCAGCUGUGUUCAAGUCGAAGAACAUCAUGCAGUGGACAUCGACGUUUAUCACUGCCCCAACUGUGAAGUUCCACAUGGACCCUCCCUGAUGAAGAAGCGAAAAAACUGGCACAGGCACGACUACACGGAGCCGGACGAUGGCAGCAAGCCCGUGCAGGCCGGGACCCUGGUGUUCGUGCGCCAGCUGCAGGACAGGACCUUCGCCAGCGCUGAAGAGGUUUUGAUGAAGAUGCAUGGGAGCCAGGUGACGCAGCGCUACCUGGAGAGACGCGGCUUCCGUUACCCCAUCGCCGUGUCUCAGAAAGACGGGCUUGGGCUCCAGCUUCCCUCUUCAGACUUCUCUGUCAGAGAUGUGGAACGAUAUGUUGGUGGCGAUAAAGUGAUCGAUGUGAUCGACGUCGCAAGGCAAGCCGACAGCAAGAUGAAACUCAAAGAGUUUGUCAAGUAUUACUACAGUCGCCAACGACCGAAGGUGCUCAACGUCAUCAGCCUGGAGUUUUCUGACACCAAGAUGUCCGAGCUAGUGGUCGUCCCUGACAUUGCACAGAAGAUGUCCUGGGUGGAGAACUACUGGCCUGAUGACUCCUACUUCCCCAAACCCUUCGUACAGAAGUAUUGCCUGAUGGGAGUGAAGGGCAGCUACACCGACUUCCACAUAGACUUCGGCGGCACGUCCGUGUGGUACCACGUGCUCUGGGGGGAGAAGGUGUUUUACUUGAUCAAGCCGACCCCAAACAACCUCGCGCUGUAUGAGGAGUGGAGCUCGUCGCCCAAUCAGAGCGAGAUGUUCUUCGGUGAGAAAGUGGACAAGUGCUACAAGUGCAUCGUCCGGCCGGGAACCACGCUGUUCAUCCCUACAGGAUGGAUCCAUGCAGUUCUGACCUCGGAGGAUUGCAUGGCAUUUGGAGGAAACUUUCUCCAUAACCUUAAUAUCAGCAUGCAGCUCAGGUGUUAUGAGAUGGAGCGACGGCUGAAGACUCCCGACCUCUUUAAGUUUCCUUAUUUUGAAGCGAUAUGCUGGUAUGUGGCCAAGAACCUGCUGGAGACCCUGAAAGAGCUGCGAGAAGAUAACUGUCUGCCUCCUGAUUACCUGACUAAAGGAGUGAAAGCUUUAAUUAUUGCACUGAAGAACUGGCUAAGGAGAGAGGUCACUGAGCCGGCCAGCGAAGUUCCCGAUCAUAUCAGACCCAACCAUCUCAUUAAGGAGCUCACCAAGGAAAUCCGUCACUUAGAGGAGGAUCAGAGCGGAACCGGUGGCAGCAAGCCUAUGAAAUCUCAGGGAAGCGUGGCGUGUCCUACCACCAGGUCGUCUCACGAGAGAAGCUCCCAGAAGCGCAAGAACGGCAGACGGCUCCGGCACCACCACCACCACCAGGACCACCACCACCACCACCAUCACUCUCACGCCCCCAAAGCUCCAUCUAACCUGGACAUCUUUGAGCAGCACACUCAGGAGGUCCUGAAGAGGCUGGAGAUGAGCCCCUUCGAGGAUGAUUCCUCCUUCAGUCUGAAGGUCAAGUUCAACAAGGUCUCCACGGCAUCUGCCGAAGCUGCCAAGAGCAAGUGGGACAACCAAGUGCGUCUGGUGAUGUGCAAUGGACGAAUUAUCAGAGACGACAGGUGGCACGUCCGGAAAAAGAACCUGGCUGCCAAAGAGGAACCGUGUGAUCAGAAGAGGUACAUGGUAAAGGUGAAGACUGUGGUGAAAGAGGAGGAAGAGGAGAUGGUGGAGGAGGAAGAGGUGUCGAUGGAGGAGAAGCAGAGCUGUAUAGCAGGUCACAGGAAGUCCAGUCCUCUUAGAGAUCCGUGUCAGAGGGAGAGCUCGAAUCUCAGGAACGGUGACUCGGGAUGCGUAGAGGCUUCGUCAGACUCCGAGUCAGAGCGACACUACACUACACAGCUGAAGCAGCAGUCAUCAGGAGAACACUCUGAGAGCUCGUCAAACGAGGAGGAGGAAGAAGAGCAGGAAGAGGAAGUGGAAAGAAAGAAGAGCGUCUCACCCCAGAGCACAACACGCAAGUGCAACACCAGCAGCACAGCAGAUCUCACCCACCCACGCCAGCUGCUCGGACACCACAACAAACCCCGGCAAAGAGACCCUUCUACCUCACCAAGCGCAGAGGAGGACGCUAUUCAGGGCAUGCUGUGUAUGGCAGGGCUGCUGUACCCUCACCCGUCAGAGGAGGGCGCCAGCUCACAGGAGUCCUGGUGGUCCUGCACCAGUCAUCCUUCCCCUGAUUACAACGAGAAGGAAGCUGUGUCAGGAGAAGAGAACCCCGAUACAGACAGCAACUCCACAAUCAGCAGUCAGGACGAGCACCACGGCAGGGAGAAUCGGACCGACCGGAACCAGAGGAUGCAGGACAAGCAGCAUUUCAUGGACAGUCAGGGCAGUGGGAACAGCAGCAGCAGCGAGGCCUGGGGCAGCCACACGCACUCACCUCGGGGUGAAGAAAGCCCAGAGUCACGCUAUCAGUACUGCGAGACGCCACUUUCCCCGAUUCUGCACCCAACCAAAAGACCUGCUACAAAUCCUCCACCCAUCAGCAACCAGGCCACCAAAGGAAAACGGCCCAAGAAAGGCAUGGCCACAGCCAAACAAAGACUGGGGAAAAUUCUCAAGCUUAACAGACAUAAACCCUUCUUCGUGUAGCAGAGAGAGAGAGAUGGAGAGAGACGGAGGAUGUUACGUCGCAGACCCGUGUGUUGCGUGUCUGUGAGGGUAAACAGGGUAUUUAAACAGCACAGUUUUUAAACACUGAACGUGUCGAAAGCUGAUGAGGAGGUUGACUUUGUUUCACCUUUAUCUUUUGCAUAAACGUAUCACACAAAGCAUUUCACAUCGCGUUCCAAAGACACGCCGCGUUCCCGGAACCGAAGAUGAGGUCGUGCCGAUGAUAAGAGAGGCUUUCUCUCGACGACUGCGGCGACAUGUGAGCGAUGAACCGAUUUCCUAAAAUGGUGCUUGACUUGCGUCCUACAAGGACGGAGGCUCGUCCCUCAGCUCCCUCUUCCCUUCGUCUCCUCGGCUUCUAAAAUAAAGCAGCUCGAGAUCUUCCCUGCUCAGACCACCCUGACCUCUCCAAGCAGGGACGCUGAGGCAGCUUCAAUCAGCAGAUCAGGUUUCGUUUUGCUUUUUUUUUCUCAAAGAGGAAAAGGUAUUUUUCUGAAGAUUUUUUACACCCACAGACUCAAUAUGUAGUCAGGAAUAAGCUCUCUGGCGCCCCCUCGUGGUGGCUGGAGAUAAAAUCACAGGAAACUGGUUUUGGCGAGGUGACGAUGGGGACAAAGACACAUUUUCCACCUAAUUUAUUACAAUUUGUACAUUGCUUGUGUUUGUUUGGUUUUAUUCCUAUUGUUUGUAUGUUAAAUGGUGUAUUUAUUAUUGCGUGAAUGAUCUUUUUAUUUCAAUGUGAAACGGCGUUGGCUCGGUCUAUUACAGGAGGAGCGACGACACAUGGAGCAGCACAGCUAGCGUCACAUAGACUUCAUCAAAUUUCUUUUCAGAUUGUAAAAAGGAACGUAGCCUAGCGAUGCUUAAUCAAGCCACCAGACCUGGUGUAGGAGAGAACGUUUGCUAGAAAUAAAACAUCUGUAGAUGUGAAAUCCCGGGGAGCGUCGAUCCACUAGGAGCACUCGCUCGGUUCAGGAUGCCGCACAUCAUACGCCAGGGGUGCCAAUACUUAUGGUUCAGCCCUUUAACUUCUGCAGAGAAAGCAGUUUAUCUUUCUUUAUGAUGGUGUUCAAGCAGAGGUCAGUGUUAUGACCCAGAAUUUUCUUAUCAAAGUUACCACGGUGAUUUAGAGGCACUGUUUAAUGAUACGAGUGGAAACAGAGGAAUGACGCAGCGGUUCAUGAAACCAACAAAUGUCACAAUAUUUUAAGAUAAAUAUUUGGAGAAUAAAGGCACAGCCUUGGAGGUGACCACAGCCUGUGGUGUCUCCUUCAGCAACAGGUUCAGUGCUGGAUAAUAAUAAUAAUAAUAAUAAUAAUAAUAAUAAUAAUCUGGUGCUGUUCUUUAUUUAUGAAGCACAUUGCUUUGUUUUUAUUGCAGCAUUCAGGCAUAGUAUUACCACUUUAUUUCUGAAAUGUUGCGACUUUUUAACCUCAAAAUAUCACAACUUUAUUCUUGAAACUUUGCAACUUUAUUCUCAAAAUGUUACAGCUUAAAAUAUUACGAGUUUCGACUUUUAACCUUAAAGUAUUACGAUUUCGUUCUCAAAAUGUUUCUGACUUAUUUUUCGCAAAACGUCACAGCUUCCCUCCUAAAAUAUUACGACCUCGAUCUCAAAAUGGUCCAGGACUUUUCAAUCUCCAACUAUAACAUCUGUCUUCUCAAAACAUUACAGCUUUACUCUGGAAAUAUUACGGCUUCAUUCGCUCUCGUUAUUUUGCGACUGUGCUUAAAAUACUGUGACGACUUUUUUCUUUUUGCAUUGCGGCUUUCUCAAAACCCUAUGAAUUGAGGCUCAAAAUAUUCCAACUGUUGUAUUUUAUUAUUUCAGCAGUGGCUUUAAAACAUGUGGAUGUGGUAGUUUAGUGGUUAAGGUGUUGGACUACUGAUCAGAAGGUUAUGAGUUUGAAUCCCACCUCCACCAGGCUGCCACUGCUGGGCCCCUGAGCAAGGCCCUUAACCAUCAAUUGCUCGGUUGUAUAAAGUGAGAUAAAAUGUAAGUCGAUCUGGAUGAGAAAUGUAAAUCAGCACCAUAAAAAAUUCCUCUUAAUCACGUGGUGCUCUGAACAUGAUUUUACUUGAUGCUCAGAUCAACAAAUAGCUCUAAAUAAGAUGCGCAGUAUGAUGCAGACACGAGUUUGCGUUCAUUUUGUACCGUAAAGUGCGACCUGAAGCUCUGUUAUGUUACUUAUAACAUUUUACAUUUCUGUAAUUAUAGUUUCUCAUCGUUUCAUAAGUUUUGGCACCCCUACGUAUGUUCUGUGUGGUUAGAACGCUUAUCGUGAUUUCGCCCCAGUUAUCAGAUCACCAUACUCCGUCUCUCGGCAUCGCCGCCAAAUUUACAACGCUCCCUGUUUCAUCUCCUUCGCCCACGUCGUUCUCUCUGAGCUUUGCUGCCUCUCGUCCGGCUCGAGUGAACAGAGACGCUGCUGUCUGAACUGGUGCUGAAUAUUAUACAAGAAGACUAGCUUUUGUUUGUUCGGUGUCGUAAUGCAGGGAGGUCAUACAUUUUUGAAGCGUUUGACAUUAAAUUGGAUUUCUCUACUCUUUUUUUUUUUUUUUUUUUUUUUU